AUGGCUUCUCAAGGAGAAGAUGUUUAUGCAACGCUUCUCUUGACCGAUACUUACCUUCCAGGUGCUCUUGUAUUGGCACAUUCAUUACGAGAUGCUGGAACUACCAAGAAAAUCGCAGUGCUUGUCACUACCGAUUCUGUAACCUCUGAGAGUAUGAUUGAACUUCAGAGAAACUUCGACUUUGUAAUUCCUGUCGACCGAGUUGUCAAUCAGACACCAGCCAACCUUGACCUCAUGGGUCGACCAGACCUUCACUCUACCUUUACCAAAAUUACACUAUGGAAACAAACACAAUUCCGAAGAAUAUGUUACAUGGAUGCAGAUAUGGUUGCCCUUCGUGCACCAGAUGAGUUAUUUGCUCUACCAGACCCAUUCUCUGCCGCACCAGAUAUCGGAUGGCCAGACAUCUUCAACACUGGUCUCAUGGUUCUGAAUCCCAAUAUGGCUGAUUACUAUGCUUUGGAAGCAAUGGCACAUCGAGGAAUUUCUUUUGAUGGAGCUGAUCAAGGUUUACUCAACAUGCAUUUCAAGGAUACUUUCAACCGUUUGAGCUUUACUUACAACGUCACCCCAUCUGCUCAUUACCAGUAUCUCCCAGCAUUUCAACAUUUCCAAUCAAGCAUUAGUGCCGCACACUUCAUCGGAACGGAUAAACCAUGGAAAGUUGGUAGACAAGCGAGUAUUGGAGCCACUCCUUACCAUCAGAUGAUCGGAAGAUGGUGGGCAGUUUAUGAUAAACAUUACAAGCAAACUGUAAGCUUGAAUCCUUCAGCCAUGAAGGAAGCUAAUAGUCUUCAGUCGAAAAACGGAGACACCAACGGAAAUACUGACGGAGGAGCACCCCUUAUUGUGCAAUACCUUGUUUUUGGGGAAUUCCAGGCCAAGACCCAGGAGGACCAUUCCCAAGGAGCCCAACGUGAGAUAUCCCAUUACAUUACUGCCAUUGAUGAUGAAAAUACUACCACAGCAGAAGAGCCAAUCCAUGAAACUACAAAACCCAUUAUGGAAUUAGGAGAAGAAGCUUAUGAUCCCUCAGUACAGGCAAAAUUGGACCAAUCUCGGAACCGGACAGUCUCAUAUUCUCCAUGGGAUGCUAGCAAAGCACCACCACCACAAGGAUCUAAACCAGAAGCCUCGGACUUCCCUGGUAUCCAUUAUGAGAUGUCCAACGAUGUUACUCCAUUCAAGGCGCCGAACCGUUACCCUGAUCCUCCUAGUAACAUGUACUAUGAAGUACCCAAAACUCCAAAAUACCAAAGACCACCACCAAUCUUCCCAUGGGAGGCUAACCCACCAAUCCCGUCAAGAGUAUUCCCUGAAGAUAAUUAUGAUGACCCAGCAGUACCAGAAACACCCAUUGCCGGUUCGGUAGUGGCAACCACCGAGGAUGAAAGAAGCAUGCCCGUUACUCCUACAACCCCAACCAUCUCAGUUUCUGGAGCUGAUCCAUGGCAAUCUUAUGCUAGAGCAAAUGCGUGGGAUGAGGUUCCCGAAAUCGAGCGAUACAUUGGAAACAUGACAAAGAAUCGCAAAGGCAACAUCCAAGUGCUACAAGGAGACGACUCAGGUAUAUCACAGAUCUCCAGUCCAGGACAACGUAGGCGUGGUAUGAGGCUCACAGACUUUCCAACAGAGCUUGAACGGCCUAGUUUACCCGUGACCCCAGCACCAUUUAGGACACAAUCUAGCUUCUGGGGCGAAGAGAGAGUUGGAGAAGGUGCAUUACCUCCUGCGGAAGGAGUUCCAGCACAACAAGAUUGGGUAAGCCUCUUUGAUGAAUUCAAUGGAACUUUUGAUUCCUUCAAAAGUCUCUUUGAUGACCCCAAGAGACUAGCCCUUGGCCCUAGCACCUUGUUUCACGAUCUUAAAAGGCUUUUGAAUCUUUUCAAUACACUAUUGGAUGAUCUUAAAGGAUUCUCACUAACACCCGGACAGGACCCAGCAGCGCAACUUGAUAUGCUUGCUAGGCGUCAAUCGGAUGUUCUAGCCAAUAAAAUGGACAUACCAACUCGCGAGAUUCCUUCGAGACCACUUCCUUAUGGAUCCGAACCCAUUAACCAGGGACCAGGUGGAGCUAUUGAGGAACCUUCUUACCAUGGACCAGGAGCGGCUUGGGAAAAGGGCGAGGUCUAUGCCACAAGAGAGACUCCUUUACUUCCAAAUGAUGAAGAGAAAGAUGUUUUGGAGACUUAG